AUGCAGCAUCCCAGUGGGGAGAAGGGUUUCAGACCAGGUGGUGAAGAAGAAGGGGAAGAUGUACAGCAUAGAUCCGGAGCUCUUGAUACCCAAGCUAGCUCACAAAGUCCUGAAACAGAGAAUGACCACAGUAGCUCCCCUUGUGAAAGCCGACCACAAGAUUCUGGUAGCCAGGCUGCUCCAGACAGCCUAGAAUCAAGAAGCCCUGUACAGGCAAGAAUGGUGUUGGAAGAAGCAGCCAUAGCUCCUCAGAGUGAACAGGCAUCAAUUAUCCCGGGACCCAGCGGAGAUGCUGCAGCAACAGCUGGAAAUCGACUCUUGGAGUUUUCUGUAACAGUACCAUUCCGGACUCCUAUGGAGGCAAAUAUAGCAUGCAGAUCUCUGGCAUCAAAUGUCCAGUACCAGCAAAUGAUGGUUCAGCAAGAGUUCACAGUGAAUGACACUACUCUGACUGUUAGGUGGACAACCGAAGAUCCUGUUCUCUUCCGAACAUCCAUCAAUGCCUUCCUUGACCAUCUCUCCCUGGUGAUGAGGAACAUCCCACGCCCAGUAUUUAUGGCUGCUGUCAAACAAGGAAAAAGGAAUAAUAAGCCCUAA